AAAUUACUUUAUUUUGUGUUUAGAAUAACAAAUAUUUAGAUUUUUUGAAAAUGUUUUAUAAUUUUUUUAAAAAAAUUAAUCAAAAUCUUCUCGCAUGCUUUACUAAAUGACAUCAAUCUAUGGCCCAAAAAAAGAAGGAAUCUAUUAAAGAAAUAUAGAGGGGGAAAGUAAAGACUAAAGUGGGAGUUUUUUUUUAUGCGACGGGAGUACAGAGCUUGGUAUUCUCUUUUAUUAGAAAGGGAUUUUUUUUUUUCAUAUUUAUCCAUGUUUUUUUUAGGGUUUUUUUUUUUUCAGUUACUGUAGAUAAAUUAUCUGUAUUGAGCUCAAUACGAUAUCAUUUUGGGACAUAAAUCAUUGUGUUUUUUAAAUUUUAAUUUAUUUCAUUGUUAUUAUAAUCUUUAUCAUUAUAAUUUUUUAACUUUAAAACGUCAUUUUAAAAGUAAAUAAAGAUAAUUUAUUUAAAGUGACUGCUGAAGUAUAUUUUCUCUUUUUUUUAUAAUUUCUUUUAAGUGCAAUUUUUUUUUUAUAGAUGUACAUACAUAUGUUGCACAUAAAGUUUUCUCACUAACCCGAGGAUAUAAUUGACUUUUCUUGCUAACGGAGAAUAAAAAGUAAAGAAAUAAAAACAAAUAACUGGAUAAGACAUCAAUUAAACAAAGGAAACGCAUCUUUGGUGAUAGCCAUCUGUGCAGAAGAAAAUCCUCCUUUAAACACCAACAGAACAACAUGAGGAAAUAGUUUUUGAAAGAAGAAAAAAAGGCCAUUUUCACUGAGAAAGAGGCUUGCGUAAGCUUCUAGAAUGCUUAAUUAUUCUGCCAUGUGCAUACACUUGAUGUGUAUCGAAGUCAAAAAGCAGAAAAUGUAACUUCAAGGUGCAAAGUUUUCUUCAAAAUUGUCGUAUUAUGGACGGCAGGUCUCUAUAUCUUAGUAUGCUUCGGCUUCACUGUUGCCCCUAAAUUAUUUCAUUACCCUCAAUCCUCAAUUGUCUCAAAAUUCACCUCUCUUUCCACCCUCUAGCCUUCACACAAAGAAAGAGAGGUUCAGUAUUUGUCAAGUGGGAAAUGAGUUCCACUGGAUAUGGAGAAUCAGGUACCCAGAUACCUGAAAAUACCAAAAGUACUUCCCUUUUCAGGUACAAUUCACCGUUUGUUCAGAUCAUCCUUAUUGGGUUGGUCUGCUUUUGUUGCCCUGGUAUGUUCAAUGCCCUCUCUGGAAUGGGUGGCGGUGGCCAAGUCAACGCUACUGCCUCCAACAACUCCCUCACUGCACUUUACACCACUUUUGCCAUUUUUGGCAUCCUUGGUGGUGGCAUCUACAACAUCCUCGGACCCCACCUCACCCUUUUCGCAGGUUGUUCCACAUAUGUACUCUAUGCAGGUUCCUUUCUUUAUUACAACCAUUACCAACACCAAACCUUUGCCAUAGUUUCUGGUGCCAUUCUCGGGAUUGGAGCAGGGCUAGUAUGGGCUGCACAAGGUGCUAUUAUGACAUCAUAUCCUCCAGUGAACCGCAAAGGGACUUACAUUUCCAUUUUUUGGAGCAUCUUCAACAUGGGUGGUGUGAUUGGUGGCUUAAUUCCUUUCAUUUCGAAUUACCAUCGUGGUAAUAAUGCUGCUUCUGUUAAUGAUGGAACCUACAUAGGUUUUAUGGUGUUUAUGUCAGUUGGGGCUAUUUUGUCAAUGUCUAUCUUGCCAGCAAGUAAGGUUAUUCGUGAUGAUGGGACUAGGUGUACCAAUAUGUUGUACUCUAAUGUUGCCACUGAAUCAGUGGAGAUUCUUAAGUUGUUCUACAAUUGGAAAAUGCUUCUCAUAAUUCCUGCUGCUUGGUCCAGCAAUUUCUUCUACACCUACCAAUUCAAUCAUGUCAACGGGACAGAGUUCAGUUUGAGAACUAGAGGAUUUAACAAUGUUUUCUAUUGGGGAGCACAGAUGGUGGGAUCAGUUGGGAUUGGAUACAUAAUGGAUUUCAGUUUUAAGAGCAGAAGGAAUAGGGGUCUCUUGGGAAUUGGUGUGGUAGCUACUCUUGGGUCUGUCAUAUGGGUUGGUGCACUUGCUAAUCAGAUUAAACACCAUACCAAGAUUUUGGAUUUUAAGGACUCAGGUUCUAGCUUUGCUGGGCCCUUUGUGUUGUAUUUUAGUUUUGGGUUGCUGGAUGCCAUAUUCCAGAGCAUGGUCUAUUGGGUUAUUGGAGCACUGGCUAAUGAUUCUGAGAUUCUUAGCAGGUACAGUGGAUUCUACAAAGGCAUACAAAGUGCAGGGGCAGCAGUUGCUUGGCAAAUUGAUAACCGCAACGUUUCCUCCAUGACACAGUUGAUUGUGAAUUGGGUUCUCACUUCAGUAAGCUAUCCGUUACUCUUGGUUCUGAUCCUAUUGGCUGUGAAAGACGACAAUAAGACAGAAGAGGAACCCGUUAAAGAGGUUGACACUGGUUUUGCCGGAUGACAUUAUCCAAGUUGUCUAGAAAAAUCAACAGAAUCUUUUGUCUUUUACUGUCAUUUUCUUUUUUAUUAUUAUUAGAAGGCAGUCUUUGAUAUAAACGUAAGAUAAGAACUGUGCAUAGGUGGAACUUUAUGCUGUAGGUUUUUAUUUUUAUUUUUUAAGGUUGUCAUGUCAUUGUUCAAAGGUCUCACGAUCAUAUUUAAAACUUUGAAGUAUUGGAAUUUCCAUUUGAAUGUGUAUAUGGAACUCACUUGUGUGAUGUGUUAGAGAAAAGUAAAGGGCAGCAAAUUUAUGUAAUUUAUAUUACCUAUGG